ACGCUCCCAUCAUCAUCAUCCCGCCUCCGUCACCACUGCUCUGCUCCUCCUGCGCCAGAACUCCCCCAAUUCCUAUUCACUUCACCGCCCACACCCUGCCCGGCCCCUUCACACGCUCCGCGCGGACUGCUUCCGUGUUGCCUCUGCCUCGUCGUUAGCGACAAGCCACUGCCACCCACCUGCCACCACCACCUCAACAAGCAUCAUUUGACCCGCCUCGAAACCUCACACCCGCUGGCCCUCUCCCCAACGCCACACACGACCGCACCUCCCUCCACCCUCGCCGCUCAAGCUCUAUCUACCGCCCACGACGGAUCUCCUCUCGAAGACUCGGCGCUCCUCGCACGACUUGCUGAACUACAGCCCGCCCUACUCUCGAUAGCAAUCCGCGCGCUUCGCCGGCCCCGAACGCAGACGACCUGAACAAUGACCCAGAACCGGCCAUCGGCCUUCACGUCCCUGAGGAUGGGCGAGGUGAUCCGCGAGAAGGUGCAGGACGGCGAGACGGGCGAGUACAAAGACUUGGCAUACACACAAUGCAAGAUUGUUGGCAACGGCUCGUUUGGAGUCGUCUUUCAGACCAAGCUGUCGCCUAGCGGCGAGGAUGCCGCCAUCAAGCGAGUGCUCCAGGAUAAGCGCUUCAAGAAUCGCGAACUCCAGAUCAUGCGCAUAGUCAGGCACCCCAACAUCGUGGAGCUGAAGGCCUUCUUCUACAACAACGGCGAGAGGAAGGAUGAAGUAUACCUCAACCUUGUCCUCGAAUACGUUCCCGAGACAGUUUACCGCGCCUCGCGGUACUUCAACAAGAUGAAGACGGUCAUGCCAAUUCUCGAGGUCAAACUCUACAUCUACCAGUUGUUCCGCUCGCUCGCCUACAUUCAUUCGCAGGGCAUCUGCCACAGGGACAUCAAGCCGCAAAAUCUCCUCUUGGACCCUGCCACUGGCGUGCUGAAGCUGUGCGAUUUUGGAAGCGCAAAGAUACUCGUAGAAAACGAGCCAAAUGUCUCGUACAUCUGCUCCAGGUACUACCGGGCACCAGAACUCAUUUUCGGAGCAACGAAUUACACCACCAAAAUCGAUGUUUGGUCAACUGGGUGCGUGAUGGCAGAAUUGAUGCUAGGGCAGCCGCUGUUCCCGGGGGAGUCGGGCAUUGACCAGCUCGUCGAGAUUAUCAAAGUCCUCGGGACCCCAACCCGAGACCAAAUCCGAACAAUGAAUCCGAAUUAUAUGGAACAUAAGUUCCCCCAGAUCAAGCCACAUCCGUUCAACAAGGUGUUCAGAAAGGCGGAUCCGACGGCAAUCGAUCUAAUUUCGAAACUCUUGGAGUACACGCCAACGCAGCGGCUGUCGGCGAUUGAUGCCAUGGUGCAACCAUUCUUCGAUGAACUGAGGGAUCCAAGCACGAGGCUUCCCGACUCACGUCAUCCAACGGGAGCCACUCGAGACCUACCCAGUCUGUUUGACUUCACCCUUCACGAACUCUCUAUUGCGCCUCACCUAAACCAGCAGCUCGUACCACCGCAUGUUCGACCCGGUCUGGCAGCGCGAGGCCUGGACUUCGAAUCCCCCAACUUCAAGCCUUUAACCAAGGAUCAAAUGCUGGCCCGGCUAGACUAGAUUUCACAUGGACCUCCACACGAAACGAUAUGAUAUGGUUAUUCACGCGGCGUGUCAUGCGUUUGUCUCCGCUCUUGGGAACGAAGAAGUUCCGCUAUGAAGGAUGCAAGCGUUUUUGGAGAUUCAUUUCGGCGUCGGUUUCCUGGGUGGUCUUACGCCGACAUGUAAACCCCCUUCCCUCAGUGUCUGUGCUCGACUGAAAAUGAUACGGUCAUUCUUGCGUCUCGAAGAAUGACUUUGGUUUGCUUCUUCUAUCCUGGACCGUCAACCUUCCCGUUCAGUCAAUUCAUCUUCGGGGAGGCUCCGUAGAUGUAUUCCUUUCCCCGUUUUGUGUUUUCUGGGCUGGUCAGCGAGCGAAUGAGUGCAAGAUAAGGGACGGGGGGGUUGGG